CUUCGGUGAGGUUCGGGACUGGAGCUCUGAAACGGCGGUGUAGCGAAGGGUGUGUGUUUCGCCUAUCGCGUCGCGGAUACGGUGAUCUUCUGCCAGUAUUAGGUUCGUUUAAGUUGCUGCAGAGAGCUACUUUUCUACAACUUCUGUUAGCUGCCCCGUUGGCACAGUAUCUGAGCGGUUUCCGUUCGUACACAAUAAUAGCUGCUUUGCAUUUGAGGAGAUGGUUCCUGUGCAGCAACAGCAAACACAGCAACAGCAAACACAGCAACAGCAAACACAGCAACAGCAAUCACAGCAACAGCAAUCACAGCAACAGCAGCAGAGGCAGCCAGUGUCUGAAUACCAGACCUGUUGGCAGGGCACACUUCAAUGGGUAGAAAAGAUAGAAAAUCCUACCAAUAUUAAUGAAAUACCAUGUCAAAUUUCAAUGCACCCAGAAGAUAAACAAGAUUGGAAUGCUGACACAUGGCCUCAGAAACUAAUCAUGCAGUUGGUGCCAAAACAACUGAUGGCAGUUAUUGAUGGAUUUGUCCUGUACAAUUCAAAUCCUCUGCACUUCCAUCCACAGAAUUGCAAAGCCCUUGAAUCUGUGGUCAAAAUUAUGCGUUAUGGUUUUGCGGGCUGUGUUUAUUUCAAGAGCAUAUCGCCAGAGGCAGAAAGUGACUUGAAAUAUGUUAUCCUUUUGUACAUAUCAGACCAGCAUGAAUUCGUGGGAUUUAUCCCUAAGAAUCAGACAACGUUAUUAGACAAUCUCAGUCGUGCCCUAAAGCAAAAAAUGCCAAGCCUGAUAUUGAGAAAUCAUUCCCAGGAGUUGGUUCUUGUGAAACGGCAUACACAGCAACAAGAACAAGAACAACAGCAACAACAACAGCAACCACAGCAACAACAACAGCAGCAACAGCAGCAGCCAGAGGAGGAACACCAGACCCUCUGGGAAGGACUUCUAGAGUGGAUAGACAGGACACAAAGUCUCAACGAUGCUGAUCAAGUAAUAAGACAUAUACCGUGUCGAAUUUCAAUAAAACCAAAGGACGGUGCACCAGACUUGAAGGCUGACUCAUGGCCUCAGAAACUAAUCGUGCAGUUGGUGCCAAAAGAACUGCUUGGAGUUGUUGGUGGUAUUUUUCUUAAAAAUUCAAAUCCUCUGCACUUCCAUCCAGAGAACUGUGAAGCUCUUGAAUUAUUGACCGGAGCUUUGAGUUCUGGAUAUGCGGGCUAUGUCCAUUUCAAGAGAAUGACGCCGACGUCAGAGUGUGACGUGAAGGCUGUUGUCCUUAUUUACGUGUCAUUGAGGAAUGAAUAUGUUGCAUUAUUCCCUAAUGAUGAUCCAGCAUAUAUGGCAGGUGUCCAUAGUACCAUAAUGGCAUCGGGGCCAAGCCAAGCAGAGUUGAUUGAUCUUCAGAAGACAGCAGAGUGGAAUGCCAUGCAGCUCUCCAAAGCCUUGGGCUCUUCUAGCCCGGUUCGCAACAUUCAACGCAACUCCCUGCUAGCUCACUUCUCUGGGCUGCCUCAGCCCCCCACAGUUCACCGCACUGGAAGCCCUCGUUCUCAGUCACCAGAGCAGGAUCAACAAAUACUACUUGCGCAACAGCAGCAAUCUCAGCAGGAGCAGCAACAGCAAGGUCCAGGAGGCACUAUUCAAGAUUGUCAGGCAGCAGGAGGUCCUGGUCCUCAACAGCCGCCAAUUGAUAACAUGGAAGUUGGUCAACAGGAAACCCUUCUUGAGAGCCAGCUGCGUGGCGAGGAAAUGAAAACUGAGCUGGAGGAAGAAAUGCAAGAAAAGUCCCAACUUGAGGAACUUGAGCGAGAGCAGCAGGAACAGCUGGAGGCUCAACUGCGAGAAAUGUCUCUACAGCAGCAGAGUGAGGUGACACCACCGGCUCUGCAGCAGCGAGAGCAGCAGGAACAGCUGGAGGCUCAACUGCGAGAAAUGUCUCUACAGCAGCAGAGUGAGGUGACACCACCGGCUCUGCAGCAGCGAGAGCAGCAGGAACAGCUGGAGGCUCAACUGCGAGAAAUGUCUCUACAGCAGCAGAGUGAGGUGACACCACCGGCUCUGCAGCAGGAUGAGAAGAGUUCCUGGCACCAUGUUUUCUGAAGCAUUUGAGUGAAUACUGUAUCACCAUGUAUUUCAUCAGUGUCAAAUAGUUUCUUGUUCAUUUUGAGCAACCUUACUGCUUUGCCCAAUUUCCGAGUUUCAUUAGGAGUUUGGGCAAAGAGAAGUUCAAUGUGUCUUGAAGUAUUAUAUCGUCAGGGUUCAGCAAUCCACACUUCAUUACUGAACAGCUUUAUUCCUCUGUGUGAAGACACUUCCUAAAUAUAUUGUCAGAACUAUAGGUGGUGAAGAAACUAAAGCAAUUUUUUACUCAUUCUUUGCUUUAAAAAAAUCUGUUUCAUUAUCUUUGUUAUCUGUUUUCAAACUACUGUGUGAUACUAUGUUGUAGUUUACUUUUCAUGACAAAAUGACACUAUCAUCUCUCUGACAGUGCAGUAGUUCUCUCUCUCUCUCUCUCUCUCUCUCUCUCUCUCUCUCUCUGAUCUGAAGAAUACAGUAACAAAUCUAACAUUCAUAAUUUUGACAAAUAAUGAAUUUUCAAAAGAGGACAUAGAAAUGUUGAGGAAAACAGGAGUUGGUAUAGAGCGUGUAGUCAAACAGGAAGAUUAAAAAGUUUGCACAAACUAGAGGAUUAAACAAAGUACUUUGACAUGAAUCUAGCAUACAUAAGUGGCAGUUAAGAGUUUAUCCUGAAAGUUAUCAUUUUUUAAUAUGGUUUCACUCAGAUGGCAUCUUUGAUCUUGCACACAUUGUUGGAGGCUCCACCUUCAGUGCAGUGUCAUUCAUUUCUUGGCAAAUUUCCUCUUUCAGAUCAUUUCUGAUUCUUGAAUGGUUCUCUUGGAAAACUGUAGACUUGAGGUAACCCCAAAGAAAAAGGUCUGGAGCCAAUAAACCUGAUGAAUUAGAAGGCCACUGAAUAUUGCAAUUUUUGCUGGUGAGAUGACCAGGAAGAGUGGGUCCAAGUAAACCGUUAAUACUGUAGCAGUAUGGCUUGUUGCACCUUCCUGCUGGAACUGUGUUUCAUCUGGAUCAUUAGCAUUGAGUUCAGGAAGAGAAAAUAUUACUGAUAAAUAUUUUCUUGGGUUUGGCUUGUUUCUCUUCAUACUUAUUGAUACACAGUUUAGUUCAAUGAUAGGCUUUGCAAACUUUAGCACAUUUCUGUCACCUGUAAUUGAAAAUUGCUCAGUCCUUUUACAAAUAUCAAUAAUCGAUAAAAUAACCAUACAUAUUGUGAGGCUCACUGCAAACUUUGCCACAUUGACUCAUAGUAACUGUACAUUUUAACUACCAGUUAUUGACUUACUAACAACGUGACUGUACUAACUGAAUACCAACUGCAGGCUGACUAAAAAUUACACGAUGAUACAUAGAUUGUUUCAGAUUGUUUUCGUAUUUUGACUGACAGAAGCUUUGUACAUGAAGCCUGUUUGUAGAUGUUGUACGAAAGAAAUUUACAAAUUGGUAAACUAUUAAGCUGUUACAUUUGAUAUUAACAUAGAAGACAGGAACAUUAAAAGGGACAAAUAUACAAUAGGCAGAGAAAUAAGUUUGUUUACCCAAAAGGUGUAUAAUUAAAAAAUGACAGAAUUACCGGUAGUGUUUUAUGAGACAGCAGUUCAGUGUGGAAGCGGAUUCCCUGUGUUCACCAAAAGUUUCUAGAAAGUGAAAUUUUCUAAAUUGAAUAAGUAGCAUAUUAACAGCUUAUCUAAGUGGCAGUAUACAUUUUUGGUAACAGAAAAAUCAGGACUACAAAACUAUAGCACUGGAUAUUUUGGAAAAAAAUUCAUUUUAAGAUUUGAACACUCUGGAACACGAAAAUUAUGAAUACGAAUAAAUUUUGAAAUAAUGCAUUUUCAGAAAGAGUAAGACAUUUGUUGAAAAGAGGAGAAUGAGGGCUUUUGAUUGAGUAUUGCAAUCCAAAAACAAACAGUUUUUAUCACUAUAGAAUUCUGAAAUGCACAAGUCCUAUAGGUAUCAUAAAUUAUGAAUAUUUCUUUAAAUAAAUGUUUCCAUGAGAACUAAAUAUAUUGUUAGCAUCAGUAGUAUGAAAACUAUCAUGUGAAUAAUAAAGCUUUAUGAAAUGUAGCAUGAAUAAGAAAUUAGUUACUUUAUGGAAAUAUUGUAUAUGUGCCAGUAGUGAAAAAAUAACAGAAGAGGAAAAAUAAUCUGUUGAAAUCCAGAGUAGUUCAAUAACAAGUAGGAUGAGCCCACCUUACCCUAUUAUACACUGCUUCUCAACAGAAGUAAGUUGUAAAGUAGAAUAGUAGAUAGUAAAUAGUAAAGUAGGAUAGCUGACUUCAGACUCAUUGAGAUAGGCAUGUGCAUGAAUAUUUUCUCUUCUGAUUUGCUGAAACAUACUGUAGCCAUUCAACUUCAUAGUUUUUUAUGGAUAACCCAUAAUGUACCUCCCUCACCAGUACCAACUCUGUAUUGACUGAAAUCAAUUUACAGAAUUUGUAUAUCCUGAAAAAUAAAUAAA